CUCGACGCCGGACGCUCUUUGGUGUCACGGUGUCGGGAGUUUGUUUCCGGAUGUUUAGCUUAGCAGUUCAGGGGGGGCGAGAAUGGCUGCGAUGUUUACGUGUUGUCUAGGCUGCUGCGGAGAAGGGGGGACGGGGCAUAUUCCCCUCAAAGAGAUGCCCACGGUUCAGUUAGACACUCACCACAUGGGCACAGAUGUUGUCAUUGUAAAGAGCGGCCGGAGGAUAUGUGGCACUGGAGGCUGCCUGGCCAACGCUCCUUUGCACCAGAACAAAAGUUAUUUUGAGUUUAAGAUCCAGUCCACUGGUGUGUGGGGAGUCGGUGUGGCCACGCAGAAAGUGAAUCUUAACCAAGUGCCUUUGGGCAGAGACACAAACAGCCUAGUCCUGAGGCAUGAUGGCUCUGUGUACCACAAUAAUGAGGAGAAGAAUCGUCUACCCGCUAACAGCCUUCCUCAGGAGGGUGACAUUGUGGGCAUCACAUAUGACCACGUGGAGCUGAAUUUAUAUCUGAAUGGAAAGAACAUGCAUUGUCCUGCCUCAGGAAUCCGGGGCACUGUCUACCCUGUUGUUUAUGUGGAUGACAGCGCCAUCUUAGACUGCCAGUUCAGUGACUUCUAUCACACAGCUCCACAAGGAUUUGAGAAGAUCCUCUUUGAACAACAAAUCUUCUAAAAAAAGGAGCACUCGAGCCUCUCUUCAUGUCGUCGCCCUCCUCUAUAUCUCAUAGCAAACCUCUGUGACACUGCAGUUUGACCUUAAUUUGAUAUUAUCAUUCUGUGUGGCUUGAAUGCGUCUCGUUUUGUUUCCCCACGAUUACUCCGCCUGUCUACUGCUGCUCCGGAUCGACGUCGGGGUACCCUCGAAGGUAACCGGGCGUUCGUUUGGGCUGUGAUGGGCUGUUACAGUCUGCGCUGAUGGAAACCUGUAAAAUCAUUACCUUGUGUCGGUGGAGCUGUAAUAACUGAAAUACUUUCAGUGGCUGCUUACAUUCACAAUCUGUGCGUAGAUACCUGACUGGGGAUGUGACGGUAAAAUGUUCCCACUCUUCAGGAUCAGAAGCCAUGUUUCGUUGACAUCGCUUUCCACUUUUUGAAUAUGUAACCUCCUAAACGCCAUAUUGACACCUCAGCAUACACCCUGUAUUUAUUUGUAUUUAUUUGAGUUCCAGAUCAAACUGGCCUGUUAUGACAAAACAUUUUUUUUCUUUCUUUUAGCCAGCAAAAGUUUGUGAACUAAUAAAUGAUCAGCUCUCAACACUAACACAUCGGUCAGCACUAUCCUAUUUGCUCCCAUGUUGCCUUCUUGCGUUACACUAAAAUAGGGGGACAUUGCCACAAUUAUUUUGAAAUUCACACCAUUAUAUCAAUUCGAGUUGAUACAGAGAUGGAUUAAAACACCUGCGCACAUUCCAGGAGGACAGCCGAGGUGAAGGUGCUGGGAACCGUUUAACAACGUGAAUUAUCUCUUCAAAUCGCUGACUCUGUCUGUGUAUCAAGAUUACUUAAUUUUCAAAAUCACUCCUCUUCUUAACGGCCUCUCUUUAUUUUCUUCUUUUUUUUUUGUCCAGAAAUCUUGCAGUGUAUUUAUUCUAAUAUCAGAAUAUUACCAGAGCCGGUGCUGGUUGUCUCUGAUUAGAGAUAUAUCUGAAAAUGUCAAUCUGUCGUGUUUGUAUUGGCAUUACAUAUCUGCUGCUGAAGUGUGACAGUUCAAUAUUUCAAAAAAAAGAAAAAAAUGCUUGUCUUUGUUUGCACUAAUGUUACUGUACAAAUCCAAAUAUUGUUGAUUGAUUAAAACUUUUUGUCUCUGGAGGCAUCAA